AUGGAGCGCGUUGUCGAGAGCGGCGUCAAGAUCGUUAGCAACCAGGUUCAGUUCUCCCUCAUCGACUCCCGCCCAACAGUCAAAAUGGCCUCUUUUUGCGCACAGCACGACAUCAAGCUCCUCACCUACGGUACGCUCCUCGGCGGUCUCCUCGCCGAGAAAUGGAUCGGACAGCCAGCGCCCGAUCUCUACAGUGAAUCCACAACACCCAGUCAACGGAAAUACUACGCCAUGAUCCGCAGUUGGGGAGGGUGGGAACUGUUCCAGGAACUCCUGCGCGUCCUUCGCGAGAUCGCGAGAAAGCAUAGGGUUAGCGUGUCGAAUGUGGCGACGCGGUGGGUGCUGGAUUUCCCGUGUGUAGGGGCGGUUAUUGUGGGUGCGCGGAUGGGGGUUAGUGAGCAGUCCCGGGAGAAUUUGGCGAGUUUGGGGUGGUCUCUGGAUGAGGAGGACGGCGCAGGGAUUGAGAGGAUCUUGGCGAGGGGUUCGAGGCGUGAGAUGUUUGAGAGCAUGGGUGACUGUGGUGGGGAGUAUCGAUGAUCUGUCAACUGCAGUAGCAGUGCCCAGUGCAGUGACUAGGGGUACCUUUCUAUUUCGUUCUGGGGGUGCGCACAGUCGCGCCUUCCUCAAUUAACCAUAUCCAUCUCUAAAUAUGUAAGGAAGGGACGAUCGGUAAGAACCAACCCUUUCCUUCCUAUUACAGUAUAUGAAAGCGCGUCUCCUGGUCGUGCCUUCCUCACCCGCUCACCUGCGAUAAUGAGGAAGGAGCUACCCAUAGGUGGCCAACGUGGCUGUCAAACGUCUGAAUAGAGUUGCAAUGUAUUCAUUAACUAUCGCAUGGGAGCAGAGGCGAGAUGAAUGAACAUGGUGUUAACUU